CUUUACGCACCCGCCUUGGGGCGUCUGGCGAGAUGGCGGCGCGCAGUGUGGGCCGCGGCGUCGGGCGGAUGUUGGGCAGCCUGUACAGAUGCCCUGGGCAGGCGGUGCGGCCGCUGCGCGGACUGAGCACGCCCGGCUGGGCAACCUCCCAGUUCUCUGGAAGCGCCCCCACCCUCGCCCCCGCCGCCGCGCUGCCGGGUUCGUACCCAGCUCUGAGCGCGCAGGCUGCUCAAGAGCCUGCUGCCUUUUGGGGACAGCUGGCGCGAGACACACUUGUGUGGGAUACCCCCUACCACACUGUCUGGGACUGCGACUUCAGCAGUGGCAAGAUCGGCUGGUUCCUGGGAGGCCAGUUAAAUGUGUCUGUCAACUGCUUGGAUCAACAUGUUCAGAAGUCCCCCGAGAGUGUCGCUUUGAUCUGGGAGCGAGAUGAGCCUGGAACUGAAGUGAGGAUCACCUACAGAGAACUGCUGGAGACCACCUGCCGCCUGGCCAACACGCUGAAAAGGCAUGGAGUCCACCGAGGGGACCGUGUGGCCAUCUAUAUGCCUGUGUCUCCACUGAGUGUGGCAGCAAUGCUGGCCUGUGCCAGGAUCGGAGCUGUCCACACAGUUGUGUUUGCUGGAUUCAGUGCAGAGUCCCUGGCUGGGAGGAUCAAUGAUGCCAAAUGCAAGGUGGUUAUCACCUUCAACCAAGGACUCCGGGGAGGGCGUGUGGUGGAGCUGAAGAAAAUAGUGGAUGAAGCCAUGAAGAAUUGUCCAACUGUCCAGCAUGUCCUGGUGGCUCAAAGGACGGACAACAAGGUCCAUAUGGGGGAUCUGGACAUUCCCCUCGAGCAGGAAAUGGCCAAAGAGGCCCCUGUAUGCAUCCCAGAGAUCAUGGACAGCGAGGACAUGCUCUUCAUGCUGUAUACCUCGGGAAGCACUGGCACCCCCAAGGGGCUCGUCCACACCCAGGCAGGCUACCUGCUGUAUGCUGCCCUGACACACAAGCUUGUGUUUGACUACCAGCCAGGCGAUGUCUUUGGUUGUGUGGCUGACAUUGGCUGGAUCACAGGACACAGCUAUGUGGUAUAUGGACCCCUCUGCAAUGGAGCCACCAGUGUCCUUUUCGAGAGUACUCCAGUUUACCCCAAUGCUGGUCGGUAUUGGGAGACAGUGCAGAGGUUAAAGAUCAAUCAGUUCUAUGGCGCCCCAACAGCUGUCCGGCUAUUGCUGAAAUAUGGCGACACCUGGGUGAAGAAGUAUGACCGCUCCUCCCUGCGCACACUGGGGUCAGUGGGAGAACCUAUCAACCAUGAAGCUUGGGAGUGGCUGUACAAGGUGGUGGGGGACAGCAGAUGUACACUGGUGGACACUUGGUGGCAGACAGAAACAGGAGGCAUCUGCAUUGCACCUCGGCCCUCAGAAGAAGGGGCAGAAAUCCUCCCUGGCAUGGCAAUGAGGCCCUUUUUUGGCAUCAUCCCUGCUCUCAUGGAUGAGAAGGGAAACAUCAUGGAGGGCAGCGAUGUCUCUGGGGCCCUGUGCAUCUCCCAGGCCUGGCCAGGAAUGGCUAGGACCAUCUAUGGUGACCACCAGAGAUUCAUAGAUUCCUACUUCAAGGCAUAUCCAGGCUACUACUUCACAGGAGAUGGGGCUCACAGAACCAAGGGUGGCUAUUACCAGAUCACAGGGCGCAUGGACGAUGUCAUCAACAUCAGUGGUCACCGCUUGGGGACUGCGGAGAUCGAGGAUGCGAUGGCUGACCACCCUGCAGUGCCGGAAACUGCCGUCAUUGGCUAUCCUCAUGACAUCAAAGGGGAAGCUGCAUUUGCUUUCAUUGUGUUGAAAGAUGAUGUGGGUGAUGUGGACAUGGUGGUGAGUGAACUCAAGUCUGCAGUGGCCACCAAGAUUGCCAAAUAUGCUGUACCUGAUCAGGUUCUGGUGGUAAAGCGCCUUCCAAAAACCCGAUCUGGGAAGGUCAUGCGGCGGCUCCUGAGGAAGAUCAUCACUGGCAGAACCCAGGAUUUGGGGGACACCACCACCCUGGAGGACCCCAGUGUCAUCACAGAAAUUCUGAGCACCUUCCAGAAACACAAAGACAAGCAGGCUGUUGCCAAGUGAGAAGGCACACUUCCGCCUGGGCACUUGGACUACAACCGGCGCCUAGGCCCUUCAUGUCCUCCUGAGGUGGCUUACUCCUGUCCUAGCACAUAGUCCACAUGUACUGCCCUGAGAGUGAAGUCGGGAUGAAGCCCCUUUCUUCCAUGUGGGGGAACCCCAGAGGUAUAUAACCUGUGAAGAGGUAGUACUGUCAGAUGUGGGUAGUGUUUGUUCCACUUAUCCUGGCUUUGAUUUCCAGGAAUGAAAGUCAUUGUCGUCCGCAUCUAUGUCGCUUCGAGACAGCACAGGGAGGCAAGAAGUUGUAGAGUGACCAGCUCCCACGACUUAAGAGCUGGAAGCAAUCAUCGUUUUCUGCUAAUUUUCUUAGAUAUAAAAGGCAGAGAUUUUAUUUUUAUACUUUUAUAUUUUGGGAGCAAGCACUCAAGUACUGUGAUGAUUUCCUUAUAUACACUCAUUGUAACAGUUAAUAAAAAUCUCCCUUUUUGCCUCCAUGGUGGGAAACCUGGGGACAACCAGAGGAUGUGCUUUUUGUUUUUCAAUGUGCUUGGAAAUCUGAAUCAGGUGUUUGUACCUCUGUCUGAACACAACUGUCCUGAGAACUUGCCAGCUUGCAACUUGAUGUACAUUUCCUGGUGUCUGUUUCUCCUGUACUUCAUUUGUGUCAUAAAUAGAAUUAACUCCUAAGCAACGGGGUGAACAUGCUCACCUUUAUUUCUGAAGCUACUCCUGUGGGUUUUUUUCUCUAAGCUGUGAUCUGGAAAGAUUUUCUUUCACCCUUGAUGCCUCUUGGUAUCAUGCCUUUUGGUGAACAUGCUCCAAAUAUGUAGGGUUAUUCAGAGAGGCCAGUGAAAACUCAGGUGACUUGUUAGAGCACUAGUGAUGCCUGACUGGGGUUCCUGCAGACUCUGCCCUUCUUUCUGUGGUUGCAGCAAUAACUACUAUGGUCCAAUGAUGAGAUUUGGAGCUUCCAAUCAAGUCUCUCUCUUUAUCAGUGUGCCUUAGGUCCUCUGAAUAUUAGCAAAAUGAUGUAAAUCAUGAGGCCACUGAGUGCUUAUUUCAUGGCUAAAUGUAACAAAGCAUGUGAGGAGCUCCUCACAGGUUCAGGUCAUCAGGGAGCAGGGCCCUUGAAGGCAGGGAAAGGCCAUCCUGUCUUUGCCCCACAGUGCCUUGUAGCUGUGUGGGUGUUCAGGGAGUGUCUGGGGUACUGAACACCUUCUAUGGUCCCUUGCUGUGCUGGCCUCUUAGUGAUCAGGCAAGUACCCUGUGACCCCAAGAUGUGGCACUGGCUGUAGUACGCACACUUUGAGUAAUGGUGCUUUAUUACCAUUAGCAACAAGGAGCCACACACUGGACUUGGUGGACUAUAGUUAUAACAUUAUUUGUGAAAUGGCUUAGGUUUCUACAUUGCUGAUGUAAACUCUCAGGAUGAUGUACAAGUGUGUUCAAAUAAAGCUUUAUUUUGUCCAUUCUC